GUCGGGUCGGCGUUCCUCAAAUUCGUCCUUGCGAAGCCAUGACUACAUGGAGCGCCCUUCGGUACGACCACAGCGGGUGCAAUCGUUUCUUCGGGUUUCGCACCUGAAUCGCAGUCCGUCCCCGGAUCGCCGGGAGACACCGAAUUUGCACAGCGGAUCUGACCUGCUGUCGCGUACUAUAAUUUUUGUUUUUAUGAUUCUCGACCGAGGCUGAUCUUGAUCAUGUUCAUCUUCCCUAUUCGCAAUUGCAGCCUUAUUAAUUUAUUGGCUGUGCUUCUACUUUUGCGUCAGCGUCACCUACUGGCAUUACGAUUAUGGCCGCGUGGUGCUGUCGUGUCACUAGUGUUUAUCAUGUCUUCUGCACGAGCGAAAUCGCAUCAAUUUCUAGGCCCCUCCCGGUCGAUCGAUGGCGAAGACGAGUACAACGCUGACGCAGGGUCGUCGUACAACCAUCACCGUCGGCGGCGCACCACUCACCGUGGGCGCGCGACCCGUCAUGGCAGUCCAGC